AUGGAGAGCUUACCAGAUGAGGCAGACAGCUCACCAGAUGAGGCAGAGAGCUCACCAGACGAGGCAAAGAGCUCACCACAUGAGAUGGAAAACUUACCAAAAAGGUCUUUCUACAUUGUAAAAUGUUAAGAAAAUUUUAAUUUAUGUUAACCUCUGUUUGCCACAGAUAUAUAAAGAGGAACUGGAAUGUUUAAGUCAAUGUUCGAACAGCAAACCUGCCCUCCGAAUCUCCGAUUUAUUGGGAACUGCAGUCCGAAAUUCGUCCGAAAAUGAGCAAGAAAAUACAUGUUGUAUCAACAGGCAAAUUGCUAGAUACGAGCUAGCCUGCUUCGAGAUUUUGCUUCAACCAAUCACAGGACGUUAUUUAUGAAGGCAGCAUUCCAGUUCUUGUUUAAUUUAAUGAUUGCGUGCCCUUUUAGAGUUUUAACUUAUAGCAUGUUUCUUUAAUAUUAUUAGGAGAGUCAGCCAGACAAGGUUAACUCCCGACAUUUGGGCAGAUGUCCCAAUCCAGCGAGUUGAGAAUCUCCCAUAUGACAUAGACGGACUCUCCCAUAUGACAUAGACGGACUUAAGGUCUACAGCCUAGAAUAUGACAGUGGUAACAAAACGGCAGUUACCGAGGAUGGGAGACAGUGGAGUAAUUAUACUACGUCAAGACGUGCAGGCUUCGUUGGAAAGAGAUAUUUGAAAUCAUGCAAAGGGUCAUACCGGUGUGAAAAUCAGCGCUGUGGCUACUUUCGCCAAUACAAUAAAGUAAAUCAAGUUCAAUUUGAGAAAAAGGAGUCCUGCUUAGUAUGUAGGACAUGUGGAGCAACACCUGUUUUUGUUCCAUGUUUUGCUAGAAAAAUAUGGGAGUAUCCUGAAGGAAAAUCAGAAGUAACUGUGUAUCACUAUGGAAUUCAUACGUGUUUCCCAGUCAAACGAUCUCCGACAACUGUAACAGAUACAGCCACAAUGGCAUUCAAACAAUCUAGAACCCUAAAACCAGAAAGAUUUGUUAAUGACAAGUUGAUUGAAGCCACCGAGAACGAAGAAUCCCUCGAAGCAAUUAAUGAUUUGGCAGAUAGUUUGGUCGAACGACAGACGCUGAAAAAGAUGAAGCAGUCAGCUAAAGAGAAACUCGACCCAGUGGGUCACAGUUAUGAUGCAGUGAUGAAGUACAAGACAAAAGUACAGGAUGUACUGAAAGAUCCAUUCCUAAUUUUCAAAGUGGACUGUGAAAAACAAAUUGUGUUUAAGACCAGCCGGGAACAGUUACAACUUGCUAUGGAGAUGGGCCAAGGACAUCUGAAUGUUGAACCGUGCCAUGUGGACGGCAAACACAAUCGUGUCACAGGAUACAUAACCAUCUCUUUGGUUGUGUAUAACCCAAAUUUAAGGGAAAUGAUGAAAAUUGCAACAAUGGAAUGUCCAACAGAAAGCAAGGAGAAUAUCGGAAUAUUUUGGGAUUGCCUGAAUACAGCAUUACGGCAAUUCACUGGUGACAACAAAUACUUUUUAAGCCUCAUCUGUACGUUUUUGAUGAGGGUGGGGGAUUUUGGGCUUCACUGCAAGAACAAUUGGGAACAGAAGAAAUUAACCGGGCCGUUAGCUGUGAGUGCCACUGGGGAUUCUCUGUUGACAGAAAUGCAAAGAAACUGAUUGGAGAAGACCUAAGAAAGGAAUAUCGUUUUCUUUCUGAUUCAGUAUUGAAAGCAUCCACUAAGAACAUGUAUGACAAGGCAAAGGCUGCGUUGGAGAAGUUUAUCGACAACAACCCAUUUUUGAACAACUGGUGGAAAUGGUGGGAAGCUCGUCGAUCCCAUGUUUUUCGCGCCUUUAAGCCUGGUUUCAAUGUGGCAAAGAGUAAUUUGGCAGAGGUCCACCACUCAAGAUCGCAUCAUAUUGGUGCAGAGAACCUCACUUUGAUUCAAGCUUGUCGUGAAGAUGUAGCUGAAAGUGUCAAGCUCAAGAGGCGAGUAGAAGGUUAUGAAGUUGGUGCAUACAAAGGAGGCUGUGGCCCAUCCGUCACGGACCUCCAAAGAUGAAGACACGUAGACCAGAAGAAGCAAGCCGAAGCAUUCUGCAAGGAACUUGAUGACUACGUUGAGAAGGGAGAAGACCUGCAACUAAGAGAACCAGAGUACUUUGUGGAUGAGACUGCUGCACACAGAAACGAUCCUCUCGAAAAGCGACCAUGCAAGAAGACAAGCGCUUGUGCUUCCACGAAUAAGAAAUGUGAAGUGGAUAAACGCCUUGCUCCAAGACAAAAUACAAGAAGUACCAAGUUCUCACGUUCCCUGCAGAUUGCCAAAUCAUGCCAAAACUCGUAUCGAGUUGGGGACAUCAAAUUCAACUCCCCACAGUCCCAUGAAAUUUCCAUUAUUCAUAACACAGGAACUAGUUACAAAGUAGCUUUAAAUAAGAUGCCUAGCUGCGAUGGUUGUAAAUAUUGUAGUAGCCGAGAAAUCUGCAGUCAUAUUUUAUGGGUCCUUCUUUAUGUUUAUAAAGUCCCGGAGAAUAGCGAAGUUCUUCAGCAGCGUUCUUUUCUAAAUUCUGAGCUCGAAAGCAUCACGAAAGGACGUGAUGGGAAGGCACCAACUUCAAAAACCCUGUCAGCAACAACGAUCAAUACUGCUACCGCAACCGCAGCAAAUACACCUACUACAACAAUGGCUGCGAAAGAUUUCAGGAACCCAGAUUUAACAAAACAGCAAUGGUGUAUUUCUCGAGUGGUUUCAAGAGGUCGAACGCCUGCGUGUUCAGGUCGAAAUUGUUCCAGGCAAUUUGAAAGGGGGGAUCUCUCCAUUCAAGUUUCGGCACAUUGGAUUCCUCCCCAUGAAACCAAAGACGGAAAAAAAUUUACCGUUGACCGCAACUACCACUUUUGCUUGCAAUGGUCCUGCUUGCAGAACAUUCCUGCUAACAGUAACCUUCAGGUGCCACCUAGUGCAAUCAAACUAGAUGAAAUAAUCGGGCCAAGUCUUUCCUCGCAGGACUACGAUAAAAUAUUAUCAGAGAAUUUACCUGUACAGUGGUUAAAAUAG